AUGUCAACAGCAAAAGAAGCAGCACAAGCGAUCAAGACCCAAGCCCUGGCUCGCCUUCCGCCCGGAUACCAACACUUCUUGCAUAAAAUUGCAGGUCUCAAAGACGAUCCGAACUCUGCAGACUUUGUGAUCAAAAGCGGUAACCGGGAGUUCAGAGUGCACAGCCAUGUGGUAGCGCUUCACUCGGAUGCUUCACACUCGGUGCUGAAGCCCGGCUUCAGCGAGUAUGAGGAACGCGAAUGGGACUGGCAAGAUAAAAAGGAGUCAGCCGGGAUAGAAGCGGAAAGUGAGGCGGCGGCCAAAGUCAUUGACUACUUCUACCGUUUCGAAUACGAUGCCGUCCCGGACAGUCUUGACAUCCACGCCAGAGUCUAUGCAAUUGCUGACUGUUACUUGAUGCCAGACCUCAAGCUUUACGCACAAGACCGCUUCGAGGCAGCAGCCAGCAGACUCUUCCAGAUGUCCGUCAACUACCCCCCACAACCUUACAACGGACCAUUUUGGCACCAGUUCCAACCAUCAUAUGCGACCCAAUAUGCGAACCAGGUCGCCCCCGCACGCUCAAACUAUGAGGCAAACAGAACUCGAGUUAUCGCUCCAGCAGCUCCAGUAUCUUCGGCCUAUAACACCAAGGCCAAGGACAUCGAUGUUACAGCAUUCUUCGAAGUCAUCCCAUUCAUUUACAAGAAGAGCCUAGAUAUCAAUCCUGGACUUCGCAAGUCUGUUGUCAGGGUGUGGAACAGCCUGACAGGCUACCAGAAGCAGGCACUGGGGCGGGACCACUGGACGGCGCUACUAAAAGAGGUGCCAGAGCUCGCUGUGGAUCUGAUUGUUGGGUAUGGAGAGGAGCCAAGCGCAAAGACUACGGCAUUUGGUGGGCAUAGUCCAUUUGGCCCAGUUGGUUCACAGACGACGACUGAUUCUGGGGCUUUGAAUCGAGCCAUUGACUAUGCAACCGGUGGUGGAGCGGCUAGACGGUAUGCGAUGUGA